UUAUGGGUGUCACGUUCUCUUGAAUUUCAGACUUUUCGAGCGAAUUGCUCUGUUCUCAUAUUAUUACUGUUGUAUGUAGCAGAAAUUUCCCAAGAAAUUAAAAUGAGCAAUCAACGAAGACGUGCUCAUAAUUUUACAGAUUCCUUAAAUAGUUUUCGUCAAACAAUAAGUAAGGAUGAAUCAAGUCAGGUACCAGGUGAAUUUGACAAAUAUAGCUACUCGGAGAAUACAUCUUGUGUUGGAUCUGUAAUUCUAGCCGGUAGUUCAACCAAUCAGCAAUUUAUUUCAGAUUCGUGCAAUAUUGCUGAAGAAAGUUAUAAUAUGACAUAUAAAAACAGGCAUUCUCUGUUGAGGGAUGAUACAUUGAUUGUAUCAGAUGAAACAUCACAUUUGUUAAUCAAACCAGACUUGAAUAAAUGUAUAAAUUUAUUUAAUAAUGAAUACUUGAAUAAUGAAUACGAUGGUGCUAAAAAACAAUUAAGUCCUAUACUAGUUGAAACUAAUAUCAGUCAAAACAUUGAUUUUUGCAAUUUAAAUAAAUCCAUAAGACAACUGGACCUUAAUAAUCGUCCACGUUCUAUGUCAGCAGAGUCACUGAGAAAUAUAAUACUUAAUCAAGAACUUAAAAGAUCAAAAAGUUACACAGUGCUUGAUAAAGCUUUAAAGAGGGAUAGGAAUUACAAUAUUAAAGGUGACCAGCUUUUUUUUCCUAAGAAUGCAGUGAAAAGAACAAGUCACAAGGAAAUUGAAACAGUCGUUCCUUCUUUUGAGGCAUUAUCGUUAUCAAAACAUUCUGCUUUAUUAAACAGAAAAGAUGAUUCUCCAAAAGAAAAUCAGCAUGAUUCAGUAAACAGCGAAAUGAGUUCCAAAGACGAACUCAGUCCUUUUGAGUUAAAAACAUUGCUACAGUCAUUGGCAGAGCAAAAGCCAUUGAAAGAAACAGUUGUGCAACAACGUUUGCUGAGGCGUUUAUCUGUAAAUUAUUAUGAUUCACCAAAAGUCUUUACGGAAAAUUUACUAACGAUAAUUGAAGAGUCUGUUAUAAAUAACGAUUCUCGUUCACGGUUACAACAUCCAGAACUCAGUUUAUUUAGAUUUAACGAAGAACUUCGAAAAAUGCGUAAAUUUCUAGAGGACGAGACCGCUCCUGAAUGGCCAGAGUCUCCUGGCAUGUCAACACCAAUUUGUGGGAAAAGAAAAAGCCAAGAGCCUAAUCUCUUGCGAAAAUCUCUUGCUUUAUCUCCUGAUAAAGACCUACAUUUUACAACGCCUGUUUCUUCCAAAUGUAAUAUUAAAAGCCCCAAGAAAGCGUGUUGGCGUAUGUCAAAAAAUACUUUCUAUAUUACGAAAAAUUUAUUAAACGAUACAAAUACGUUUGAAAGUUUAGAAGCAAUGUGCAAAAAAUUAUUUCCUGAUGAUGCCUGUCUUAUCCCAGGAAGGGAAAAAAAUUUACAGUCUCCUUCACAAAAUAUGGCUAAUAUCUUGCGUACCUGUGAAAAUCAAAUGGCUUCUCUAGAGAACUCACCUAUCGUUCGCAAGCAGAUAAAAAAAGCUGGAACCUCAGACUUAGCAUAUCAGCACAAUGAAUUACCUGAAGCACAGAAUCUGGAAUAUAGAUUGUUACUAAGUGAAAAAUACGACAGAAUGGAUUCGGACGGUGAAACAGAACAUGAUAAGCGUCAAGAAAUGAUCAAACCGAACGAUUUUGAGAGUACGGUCAUGUAUGAGAUUGCAAAAAAAAGACAGAGGUGCCUCGAUACAGCAAAGAUAGUGAUGGAAAUUGACGAAAAUUUUAAGUCGACGGAAGAAAUUCAUCUGAAUAUCAAUGAUUCUUCAUCGAUUGAGGUCGACGAUAAAUUAAUGACAACUCUCAUGAGUGUAAAGAAGUAUCAGGAUUAUUUGGAAAAGUACAAAUCUUUGCUCAAUUUAUUGCAUCGAACAAGUUUGAGCAGUUCUCAUACUCCUUGUGACAGACAAGAUGUCCAAGCAGAGAAAACACCCAACAAAGAUUUCAAUACUUGCGCGCUAUCAGUCGUAUUACAGGAUAAGCAAACUUUACAAAUACCGAAGCCUUCACCUAGAAAGAAGAGUAUUAGUCCUUCGUCGAAAAAAUGUUAUUCGACUAAUAAAACGGUUGUUUCAAAGCCACGAUUAUUUACAACUCCUGGAAAAACACUUGUUAACAAGAAUUGUAAGCCGAAGCGCACGUACUUUCCCAAUUUCCUGCCGGAAAUGAAUGUGCAAAACAAGCAUGCAAGUCCUCAAGUGAAGAAUAUUUAUCGACAAAUAGGAAAUUACGAUCACGUAGUAUCGCCGGUUGGAAUGUACAUAAAAGGCACAGAGUCUCAUCUGAUAAAAAAUCUAAAACCUAAAACGGAUAAAAUAUUACCUAAAAGAAAGUUGAUCACGCAAUCGCCUAAUUCAAAAAUAAAACUUCAAUCUCCGAAAGAGAAGCUGGUUGGGACAACAAUAGGAGAUGAAAAUGUUACCGAUAACUUUUUGCAUCCAAAAAUGCAUUACAAUUAUUCAUCACAUUCACGUAUAGAAAAUACAGAAAAUCUAAAAGUGGGAAAUUGUGAAACCGAAUGAUUGCGCUGUACAAAAAUAAAGAUCUCAUACGAAGGAAGUACAAAAUCAAUCUAAACACAUGGAGUAACCCGAAGUUCUUCAGAAGAAAACAUCAUCUAUGACGCAUGUUAAUU